AUGGGUAAGACACAUGGUAUGGGAGCUGGGCGUAAGCUCAAGACCCACAGAAGGAACCAGAGGUGGGCUGACAAAGCCUACAAGAAGAGCCAUCUUGGCAACGAGUGGAAGAAACCCUUUGCUGGUUCAUCUCACGCAAAGGGAAUCGUCCUUGAAAAGAUCGGCAUUGAGGCUAAGCAGCCUAACUCUGCUAUCCGUAAGUGUGCUCGUGUCCAGCUGGUGAAGAACGGGAAGAAGAUUGCUGCCUUUGUGCCAAACGAUGGUUGCUUGAACUACAUUGAGGAAAACGCAUCUAUGGACAACAGACAUCUAUGGACCGAGGAAGAAGAGUUGGCUCUGUUUCAGGAAGCUGAAACACUUCUUAAGACUCAAAAGUAUUCUAAGCAAUCAGCGCGAAAUGCAUGUCUUAUGGCGAGGAUGAAUGAACGUUUUCCAGGGGUGGCUAUUAAGUUCACUGUUGGCGUUAUUAAGAACAAGCUUUCUCUAUUUAAAGAAAGGUGGUUAGGACGCCAUACGCUGAUAACAUGCAAAGGCAAACCUAUCCCUUGCAGUCAAGACAUGCUCAAUAUUUUAUUCGCUGAGACUGGUAGUGCUAGUGAAAGCACAAAUUCAGGUGCAGCUGAUGCAGGUGUAGCUGAUUCGGUGAAUGUGAACUACGGGAUGCAGCAAGGUGAAGCUGUUUCGGUGAAUGUGAACUACGGGAUGCAGCAAAAUAAUGGUAUAGUUGGCUAUUCCAUCAUGGAUUGUAUAACGCUUGUGGAAUCUAUUCAAGAGCUCACAACCGAAGAGAAGGUAGAUGCGGCAAAUAUAAUGAGGUUUGAGGGUAUGGCUAGAGUAAUGUUCAUGAACUUCACGGACCCAGCAGUUCGCCUGUGUUGGAUCAAAAAGGAGCUUGCUAAACUGGUUCAUGGAGAUGGAGAUGAAGGCUGCUGCCAUGUGCUGCCAUGUUUAUGUGUGAUCGUUUGUAGGGAACUUUUUUAUCUUUUUGAAAGACUUGAAUUGAAGGGAACUGCCAUGCUUAUGUGUAAUCGUUUGACAGUGGUAAUUCCUGCUGGAAUCGACUGCCUGUUGGUCUGA